GAGCUCGCUAAUCAUUCCGCAUCAUAUGCCUUUGACGCCACCACAAAAUAAAGCCCACAAAUACUCCCUCACACGCAACUUCCAAAGCGCUAAACAAAAGCAAAAUCAUUCGUUUGGUUUUACUCAAUACAGCCUAGUUUUAAAAUCGCCAACGCGCAGAGAAAAUACAGUUGGCGGGCCUGCCAAAAGAGCCGGACUGCGGCACCUGUCUGAGACUCCUUCCGCAUUUUCCUGCGGCUCCGAGGCAGUGACGUGCGCCUCUGAAGGCGGCGUAAUCUCCGGCGGAGCUGGAGGCUGCAGCGCCGCGGAGCGCAUCAGACUCGGCCCCUCCCCUCCGCGCUCCGCGGCGGCCCGCCCUGCUCACACAAGAGCCCCGUCUGCGCUCUGCCCGAGUCUGGGGGUGGGAGACGGAAACCCGUACGGCCUUGGAAACAAACAAAACAAACACAAAAAGGUCUUAUAUUAUGCAGAUGACCGGCGGAGGCUAUGGAUGAAGAUGUAACGGCUCUCUCUCUCCAUUCCCAUGAGCCCAAGAUCAUAUUCCAUGGGACAGAGGGUGAUGGAGAAGAAGACGAGGUGGUGGUAGAACUGCAGGAGUCGGUUCUGGUGUCUGACGUGGAGGAUGAGAAGAUCGCGGUGCACGGCCUCGCCCAUGAGGAGCUGGUCAUCCAGGAAGCUAUCGAGGAUGUGGUGGCGGAGUACGUGCCAUGCACAGAUGAAGACGAAGAGCUUGGCACCAUUGCUGUGGAGACCUGUGUGAUGUCACCCGAUGAUGUGGCUCUGGAGGAGGAAGGACUGCAGGUUGAUGUGGUGACUGACGCUCAGGUACAGGAGGAUCCUGACACCUGUGGAGACUACCUCAUGAUCUCUUUGGAUGAGGCUGGAAAGGUGGUUUCUGAUGAGGAUGCUAAAGUUACUAUUGAGGGCACUUUAGAAGACCCAGAGGAUGUGGAGAAGGAUGAUGAGGGUCAAGAGGUCAUCAAAGUGUACAUCAUCAAGGCUCACCCAGAGGAGGAAGACUUGGGUAUGUUUGAACUUUCUUCAAGUCUGCAGCACGAUCAUAUUCAGUUGUCAGGCACGACUGGAACUUCACAUGGCAUUGACUUCUAUGGCUGCGUUUACAUGUCAAUCGGUGAAGCUAGUCAAAACCAGGAUGACAUCAAUGUGGUUAAAAUCACAGAUGAGGUCUACAUGGAAGUGGUGGUGGGGGGUGAAGACCCCGGAAAUGUUCAGCGGACAAUUGACAAUGCAUCGCUCAACAAAGACUUCAUGCCUGUGGCUUGGGCAGCUGCUUACAGUGGGGAGGAGAGUGAAAGCUGUGAGAACAGGAAUGGAGCAGCAAGUGCUUUACUGCACGUUGAUGAGUCUGAUAUGAUCGAAAGACUCAGUCGUCAGCGAAGCAAGAACAAGAGCAAGAAACGCUCUGAACUUCGUCACGUUCAGACAGCAAUCAUCAUUGGACCCUACGGCCAGCCUCUUACAGUGUACCCUUGUAUGCUAUGUGGGAAGAAGUUCAAGUCGCGUGGUUUCCUCAAGCGCCACACCAAGAAUCACCAUCAGGAUGUCGUAAACCGAAAGAAAUACCAGUGCACGGACUGUGAUUUCACCACUAACAAAAAAGCCAGUCUCCACAACCACAUGGAGAUCCACACCCUCAGCAGUAAAGCCCAAUUUGAGUGUGAAGUCUGCGGAAAAGAGUUUCACCAGCAGGCGGCGCUGUUCUCCCACCAUCUGCAGCACCACCACCGAGAAUCCAAGCUUCAGAUCCCGCCACCCACCACCAAAAUGCACAAAUGCAAGUUCUGCGAAUACGAGACGGCAGAACAAGGACUUCUAAACCGACACCUUCUCGCCGUUCACAGCAAGAAUUUCCCACAUAUCUGCGUGGAGUGUGGGAAGGGUUUCCGGCAUCCUUCAGAGCUGAAAAAACACAUGAGAACCCACACCGGCGAAAAACCGUACUCCUGCCUUUACUGUGACUACAAAUCAGCCGACUCAUCCAACUUAAAGACGCACAUUAAGACCAAGCAUAGCAAAGAAAUGCCCUACAAGUGUGACCGCUGUUUCCAGACAUUUGCCGAACCUGACGAGCUGUUACAACACGGACUGACACACGAGGAGGCCAAAACACACCAGUGCACCCACUGUGACCAUAAAAGCUCCAAUUCCAGUGACCUGAAGCGCCACAUCAUUUCAGUUCACACCAAAGACUAUCCACAUAAAUGUGAAGUCUGUGGAAAAGGCUUCCACCGGCCAUCCGAGCUCAAAAAGCACUCGGCCGCUCAUAAGGUGAAGAAGUUACACCAGUGCAGGCAUUGCAACUUCAAAAUCGCUGAUCCGUUUGUUCUCAGUCGGCAUAUUUUGUCAGCGCACACCAAGGAGCAGCAGGCGUUUCCUGACAAAAGGGGUCUUAAGAAGACGUUUGGACUCUGUGCUCACGGAGGUAAGAAAAUUUUGGGCGGUGCCAGUUUGUCCAAGGGCCACCGGGAGCGCCGGGUGUACCAAUGCCAGUAUUGCGACUACAGCACGGGCGACGCGUCUGGUUUCAAGAGGCACGUGAUCUCCAUUCACACCAAAGACUAUCCUCACCGAUGUGACUUCUGCUCGAAAGGCUUCCGCAGACCGUCGGAGAAGAAUCAGCACAUAAUGCGGCAUCAUAAAGACCUAAUGCCUAUCAUGUGACCUUUGCAAUCAGAAACCCAUUAGGAAAAGCGCUGUUCUGAUGAAGCUGUGGUCUUCAGGGCCGUUGGAAAGCCAACUAGAGGCUUUUUCGGAUCCUGAUAGUACAGACAGGCUGAAAGUGCAAGAAAAUAGAGAGAAAAACAACCAUCUAAUGUGUCCAGUUGCAAUGUUCUGAAGACACAUUUUUUAAAGUUUAAUUAACCAUUCUUGAUCAGCUGACCAGCUUUAGAUUAAUGCGAAAAUAGAUAAACUUGCAUACCAAUCCAUCAAGGGUGGAUGACAUACAUGCAUCUGGUUAUAAAUUUGAAUUAUGACUCCUUUAUUGCAUGUUACACAAAACAUGUUUGAACCGCUUUGGUGAUUGCUGCGUGUUUGUGCACAUGCGUUUUUAAGUACAAACGUUUUGGGAUUAGCCUUGAAGACGUCCGUUGUCAUUAAACAACGGUGCUAAUGCUUUAUCGACUAGCUUCAGAUGAGCAGAAUGUCUAAUUAAAGUGAACUGAAAAAUGCCAUGGCUGCUAAAAAUUUGUUUUAAUUUUAGGGGGAAAAAAUUGCUGUUCAGACCAGAUAUAGGCUUUUGGGAAACCCAUCUUUUAUUUUGGUUCUCUGAACAAAAUGAAUCAACAACAUUGGUGCAUUAAUUUACUAAUAUCAGCUGUUAUGAAUUUAAUGUAGGACACGGUUUCUUGGUAAUAUUUCCAAUAAAAAUCAUAUUGCAAAUAGUACUCAACUCACAAGAGAUCUUGAGGUUUAAUCGGAGUGUGCAGACAUUAAAUCAGGCCGAAUGGCUGGUUAAUCUAAAUUUAUUUGAAUUUAGACACUAGUAUGUUUGUGUAUUUCUUGAAUGUGGUCGUUUGGCUUUUGGUCUGUUUGUUGUAAAACUCGCCCUCGAAUUAUUAUUAUUAAGACGUUUAGGGUAAAUUUUAUUUUUUACACAUACUGAAAAUGUAUAAUCUGGAAUAAAGAGAUUCUAAAAAACUGUUAUGUUAUGUGUAUAGGAAAUAUUUGUAAAUACGUAAGUAAUAAACAGUAUUUUGUGUCCAAAAUGUUUUUUUUUUUUAUUAUUAUAUUUUUCAUGAUGAAACGCAAAUGGAUAAUCUGAAUAAAUCACACCAGCUUUUGUCAUUUGUAAACCAAUUUUAAUCUUAACAGCAGUAAACAAAACUACCAGAGACAAAAAAAUUAAAAAGCACUCUUCAUAAAAAUUUGUUUUCAGGAAUCCGCAUAUCGUUCAUGAAACAUGUUUGACACAUUUACAGG